CCAAAACAACCACUGCAGAGCAUUCUCAUCAUGGUGGUUUACAACAAAGGACUUAAUGUGAUACUCUCUCUGGGUUUUGAAGAAUAAUUUUAAAUAAAGAUGGCUGACAGAGAUGGAUGCAGUUAUGGAAGCAUUGAAAGUACUGUCAAAAAAGAGAAAACUCCCAGAACCACUUCCUCACAACCUUUCAACAAACCAGUGAUGGGUCUACAUAAGUUAAUGAAGACGAGAGAUCGCCUCAUGAGUAAAGUGUUAAAGUUGUUGGGAACUGAGAAAGUAAAGGAUGAUUUCACAUAUGAUGAGUCCAAAUCAAUAAUCAGAGAACUUUCUGGUGAACUGAACAGAGUAGUCAAGAUCAGCAAAAAAGCCUUCCUGGAUGAAGCAAAUUGUUAUGAAUCUUGUCAAGAGGACCGUCAAGAGUUUAUACUGCAGUGGGCUGGACAACUGAAACAAUCAUCACAGACAGUACAGGUACUCGCUGCGGAAAUCACAAGUAAAGAUCCACUGGAUCAGAACGUACCAGACAGGGAACAGAAAUUGAAAGAGGCCAGAAAGGUCCUGUCUGACUGGGCCUGGAAGCUCAAGGACUUGGAACAGGACUCAGUGUGUCCAGGAGAGGAUGUUUGUUCAGUCCUACAGGAUCUGGAGAGGCAGUGGAAGAGAGGGAAACUUCCCAGCAUGCUCCCUGUCAUGGACUUCCUUGUCUGGACUAUGUUACAGGAACAGUCAGACAAGGGUUCCAUUGUAAUGCAGUGGUUCAGAAAUAAACAAGGUUUAUCAAGGUUUAAGAAACGCGUGGCCCUGACUGAAAUUCCCGACUUUGUUUGGAAAUGGAUUUUGAAAGCUUCAGUUGAGAUCACUCUGGAUAAAGAUACUGCCAACGCAUGUCUUGAAUUGUCCACAGACAGGAAAAGAGUGAAAAUGGCCAAAAUCAUUGAGAGUGUCUCCAAUCCUUUGGACCAGUGUGAAAUGACUUCCAAAAUGUACAAUGCAUGGUGGUGUGUACUGGGGACUGAGGGUUUUGAUUCAGGGAAACAUUACUGGGAGGUGGGGGUCAAAGGGAAGUCUGAGUGGAGGAUAGGGGUAGUUAGAGAGUCAGCACCCCGACAUGGUUUUACUAAUUUAAACACACAAACGGGUUACUGGACUCUGCGUCUACAGCUUGGGGAGCUCAUGGCUGUAACCACACCAGUCACUAAACUGACCCAGUGUGUCCCCUCCAAGGUAGGAGUGUAUCUGGAUUUAGAGGAGGGACAGGUCUCCUUCUAUGAUGCAGAGAAAAGACUCCAUAUUUACACUUUUGAUGUUGACUUGAAUCAAUCUGAAAAGAUCUUCCCCCUGUUUCAUACUACUGAGACAGACAGAGAGUUGAUUAUCCUGUAAGCAGAUAACUGUAAUCAAAAGUCAAACUGCCAAACACUGUUGCAGGAAACUCAAGGUGUCACCUUCUGUGUAGUUUCCCAAAAACCUAUGCACAUGAGACAUUUUUGAGUAUUCAGACACUUUGGCAUGAGAAUCCAAAUUGAGCUCAGGCAUUCUGUCUCUGAUAACAUUUAUAAUGUCUCUAGAACUUGAUUAGUCCAUAUCUUAUACAUUCAAUUGAUUGGACACAAUUUAUAAAGGCAAACAUGGGUCUAUAUAUAUAUGACAAAGUGUCUAAUUCCUGGAGUACUGUGGGCUUCAUCGUUAUCAAAUCUUAUCUAGCAACCGUUUAUUUUUUUGCCAAAACAGACAGUUCUACUGAGUUAUUGAAGGAAGGUUAUUAACUUUGGUCUUUAUUACCUAACUUUAAUACAACCUUGUCUUGUGUUAUAAAAAUCCCUUUUGUAAUACCGGCUUUCUGGCACUGUUUGGAACUGUCAAUCCGCGGUCAACAUUUCUUACUUCAUCACGGUCUGUGCUGCCAUCCAGGCUCUUGGCUUUCUGCUCCUGACACAGACAUGGAUUAACCAUGAACAUCUCUUUCUCUCCUCCACACAUUCAGGCACAUCUCUUGUUCUCUCCCCACAACUGCUCCAUCCUUCUCCAUCAUUUCAUCUUCCUCAUCUCCUAAAUCCUGCUCCCUUCUGUCUCACGAGUCUGACUCUGUCACCCUACUCUCCUUGCUUUCCAAGUCCUAAGACCCUAAUUAACCUCUUUCCUCUUGGCUGACUUGGACAUCUCCUCCUGCUUCUUCGCUAAAUGACUUACUGCAAGCUCAAAGAAGAUGGCUUUGGACAGCUAAGCAGAAAUUAAUCAAAACUUCAGAAUGACCUGACAUCCUUCCAAUCAUUCCUAGCUACUUCCUCUUCCUCUGUAUCUGCUGCUAAAUACAUUUUCCAUCAAUAGUUUUUUCCUCGAACUCUUUCCCACCCUGUCCGCAGUGCCAGUGACACUUCUGACAUUCUUUGAGUAUUGUGCAACAGGUUGGUGGUUUACGUGGAAAUGGCAACUUCCUCAUUUUUUAGAUGUUAUAAGAUCAUAAAACGUUCAUGAUAACAACCAAUCCAGCCAGAGAACUGAGAAGAUAAUGCUUUCACGUCUCUCACAGUUUCACUAUUAUUCGUUAUAAGAUUCAAGCAAAAAUCUAGUUCAGGGGAGCUUUGAAAAACAUGAUCUCUUGAAAAUACAAAUAAAAGGAAACAUUUAUAUCCCUCAUUUUAAUUUUAACUACUUUUCUGUACUUUCUUGUAAUGAAGGAAACACUUAAAUGAAGUUGCAUAGGUAUCAUUGUUAUUAUAAUUUCUUAGACAUAUACCUGAAACCGAGGACAAGCUGUACUUAUUUGAUGUGUCCAGAGGAGGGCAGUAUACUUCUGUGAGUGGGGAACUACUGCAAAUUGUAAUGACUGUACUGUACAUGUAUAUAUUCUAUUUGUAAAGACUAAUUGGACUUUAUGUAACUGCACUUGUAUUUGGGGGGGGGGGGGGACAAUAUAAAAUGUAAGUUGAAAGGAGGCUCAUUAAAUUGAUGUGUUUUA